AUGUUAAAUCACCUAUCGGUCGUACAGCAUAGGGCGUUAGGUAUCGGUCUGGCAAGCGCGCGGCUCGCGUUUGAUUCUGAGUUAGGAGUUGUAAAAAUUAGGUUUACGUCAGAUGCAAAAUCUAUAAUAUUCAAGGAAAGUAUUUGUGAUGUUUUUUUGGGAAUAGACAGAAAAGUUUUACCAAAAGAUGCUGCGUAUUUCGGAAAGAAAGGCGCGCAGCCUAUCGGAUCCGGCCCUUGCUACCAAAGCAUUGGACCGGGUUCGAAUCCGGCGUACACCAAUGAAUAUUUUCAAUACUUAAGUGUAUAUUAUUCUGCUCAGCCCAAGAAAUACAAACGAGUUCCAAUCUCAAAAGUGUACCCCCUACCGUAG